ACAAGAAGAAAACGCAGGAGUACAUCCUGGAAUAGUUGGUUUAGUUUUCAAGACGUGACAUUUUUGUGAAAUACAAAUAUAAAUCAAUUUCGCCGAAAUGAGCUGUAAGUGAAAAGUAUUCUCCCUCCAUUCUGGGAUCAAGUUAAGGAAAAUGCGUAGACCACAGAGGGAGGACAAACCCAGCCUGCUGGUCUCCUUCCACACUGAGCCCAAACAGUUGUUACUGGAUUUGGAUUGUGAAAUUGAAGCUCAGGGGGCAUUGGGGGAUUCAGAGAUGACAUCAGUAAAGCUGGAAGACAAAAGUCAAACACUUGGACAGAAUGUUACCAUUAAAGAUGAAGAUGAGGAGACAGAUUGGGUUAUCAUUAAUAAUGGAGAGGGAGAUUUACUCACUCAAGAUGGGAUUCCUGAAGUGGAGACGCUUGGAGGGAAACAACAGGAAGACUACAAGCAUAAGAAGUUUCCCCAUUUUGGAAAAAAAUUAUCAUCGCUAUCACAGUUAAAAAGACACAUUAAUAUACAUACAGAUGAGAAGCCUUUCUGCUGUUCUGACUGUGGGAAGUGUUUCAUUGGAUCAUCUGAUUUUACUAAACAUCAGAGAGUUCACACAGGUGAGAGGCCUUACUCUUGUUCUGACUGUGGGAAGAGUUUCUCUCAAUUUGGUAGCCUUAAACGUCACCAGCUCAUACAUACUGGAGAGAAGCCUUUCUGCUGUUCUGACUGUGGGAAGUGUUUCUCUCAAUUAGGUAGCCUUAAAGUUCACCAGCGCUGGCAUACUGGUGAUAAGCCUUACUCCUGUUUUGACUGUGGGAAGAGUUUCUCUCAUUUAGGUAGCCUUAAACGUCACCAGCGCAUACAUACUGGAGAGAAGCCUUACUCCUGUUCUGACUGUGGGAAAUGUUUCUCUCGUUUAGGUAACCUUAAAGUUCACCAGCGCAUACAUUCUGGUGAGAAACCUUUCUCCUGUUCUGACUGUGGGAAGAGUUUCUCUCAAUUAGGUAACUUUAAAUUUCACCAACGCAUACAUACUGGAGAGAAGCCUUACUCCUGUUCUGAUUGUGGGAAGAGUUUCUCUCAAUUAGGUCAC